ACCUUAAUUAUGAGGUAAAACCUGAUUAUUUAUAGCUUGAUUAAGUGACAGGUGGCUGCAUGACAUGCAAACUAACUUGCGCCAGAUGUCAAGUUGCUGAUGACACGUGCCGGUUGCUGACGAGCCGAUAUGUCUGUCUUUUGUGUAGAUGCCGAUAUGUCUAAGAGUUGCUGAGAACCCGAACCCGCUUAAGAUACCGUCCUUUUUUACAUUAUCGGCCCAUCUUCAGUAUCUCCCCAUACACACCCUUCCCAAUUACCUUUUCCUUCACUAAAUUCCAAUUACAACCAAGUUCAAGCAAUAAAAACCCAAUUUACCUCUUCAAGAAAUUGCCUUUUUCGAUUAAUUAGAAUAAGAUUCAAUAAAAAAAAUAAAUAAUCAAAAAAAAUAAAAAAAAACCAUUACAAGCAUAUCUUUAACCAUUGCAACAAACGAAGUCAGCAAUUUCUCAAAUGAAAAACAAUUACAAGAUUUGCAAAAACUAGGGUUUUCCAGAAAUGAAAAUUUACGAUGUACCACUUUCAGAUCUCUGCACGAAGUACGCUCACGACAUCAAUUUGGUAUCUCGCUAGCUCAAAGUCUGGCAAAAAUGGAGUACAAAAGUAGAGAAGAAGGACGAAAACUUGUUGAUCGUGUUCUCCAGACAACGGGGGAGGUAGAGCUUCUGAUUCCCAAAGUGAAGACAAAACGGGAUUGAAAUUGUCACCGUUAACCAUGCUCUAACGGUUAAGUGAUUCCCACAAUUAAGUGUCAUGUUAGCUGAAAUGCACGAAAUUAAUAAAAUAAUCACAAAAGCUUCAAUAUUUUCGAAAAUGUCGAUCAAAUAAACGAAAAUUGUUUAUAUGACAUAUUAAGUGGGGGAAGCCCAUAAAAAUAAUUCCAAAUCGAGCUUCAGGGAAGUAACAAAAAUAGUCGUUAGCAAAUUGCCAAUACACCGUAAAACAGCCAAGAUUCUGUACAGAUUCCUACGCUUAAAAUUUUAGAGGAAAACCUUUGAGUUGGAUGCUAAUGCUCCAAAAUCAACAACUAAAUCCUUCAUGCUUUCUCCCAGAAUCAAUGGAGUUUUCAAGAGAUCUUCUUCCUCCAUUUCUUCAAUUCUCUCUUCUCACCUCUUCACUUUCAGACCAAUCUCUCUCCAAACUCAUCUCAACUAUCCUCCAUCAUCUUCACCAUCACGAUCACCUCAAUCUCUUGUCAAAAAAAUCUGUUUACAAGUCAUUCAAUCAUACCACCAACCAACCCACCUCAGAUUUUCACCUCCAAAGCUGAAUCUUGACAUUGAUGCUGAGUCUUUGUCAAAUGAUCAGGUCAUUACCAUUGUUGCUUCGCUCGCCGACGAGGCGAGUUCAAUGGUUGCGUUAGGAUUCUUGGAUUGGGCAAUUGGGUAUUCUAGAUUUCGUUAUUUUAUGCGUCUUUAUAUUGUUGCUGCAUCUUGUUUGAUUAGUAAUGAGAAUUUUGAGAAAGCCCAUGAAUUAAUGGUUCAUAUGGUGAGGAAUUUUGCUGAGAUUGGGAGAUUUAAUGAGGCUGUUAGUAUGGUUAUUGAGAUGCAUAAUCAGGGUUUGAUUCCGAGUACUCGUACUUUGAAUUGUAUUCUAAAGAUUGCUUGUGAAAUUUAUUCCGUUGAGUAUGCAGAGUCUGUGUUCGAUGAAAUGUCUAAGAGAGGUGUGCGCCCGGAUUGUUUUAGCUACGUCAACAUGACUGUGGGUUAUUGUAGGAUGAGGAACAUUACUAAGGUGGAUAAGUGGUUGGGUAGAAUGAUCGAACGGAAGUUUGUUGUUGAUAACGCGACGUGUACCUUGGUGAUCAGAAUGUUUUGCUCUAUGGGUAAUGUAAACAGGGCAUUCUGGUUCUUUCAUAGGAUGAUGGAGAUGGGAUUUACGCCGAAUCUUAUUAAUUACACGUGUUUGGUUGAUGGAUUAUGUAAGAAGGGUAAUAUCAAGCAAGCGUUUGAGUUGUUGGAGGAAAUGGUUAGGAGAGGUUGGAAACCGAAUGUCUAUACACAUACUACAUUGAUUGAUGGACUUUGUAAGAAGGGAUGGACAGAAAAGGCAUUUAGGCUGUUCCUUAAGCUUGUUCGGAGUGAUAACUAUAAGCCGAAUGAGUGCACUUAUACGGCCAUGAUCAAUGGGUACUGCAAGGAGGGUAAAUUGAAUCGAGCUGAGAUGUUACUUGGCCGAAUGAGAGAACAAGGAUUGGUACCCAAUGUCGACACCUAUACGACCCUCAUUGAUGGAUACUGUAAAGCAGGAAAUUUUGAAAGAGCAUAUAGUUACAUGGAUAUUAUGAGGAAAGAAGAGUUGGCUCCUAAUAUCUAUACCUAUAAUGCCAUUAUGAGUGGCCUCUGCAAGAAGGGAAGGUUUGAGGAAGCAUGGGAACUGCUUGAGGAGGGUACUGAAUUAGGACUGCAAGCUGAUAGAGUCACUUACACAAUUCUCAUGUCUGCUUCAGCUAAGCGCAAUGAUGCUAAAGAAGCCUCAGCAUGGCUUUGUAAGAUGACUAAAGCGGGCUUUAAACCUGAUAUAUACACAUGUAAUAUCCUGAUUGCCUUGUUCUGUAGGCAGAAAUCAAUGGCGGAUAGUGAGUGGUGGUUUGCAGAGGCUAUCAAGCUUGGCCUUGUUCCAACUAAGGAAACCUACACUUCCAUGAUUUGUGGAUAUUGCGGGGUGGGUAAUAUCAACUCAGCCAUCAAGUUUUUCCAUCAAAUGAAUGACCAUCAUUGUUUUCCUGACAGUUUCACUUAUGGUGCUUUAAUAAGUGGACUAUGCAAAGACGGGAAACUUGAAGAAGCUCACAAGCUAUAUGGAACCAUGAUUGACAAGGGACUGUCACCUUGUGAAGUUACACGGCUUGCUCUAUGUUAUGAGUAUUGCAAAAACAAUGAUAUAAACCAUGCUUUUAGUGUCUUGGAACGACUGGAGAAAAAGCUCUGGAUUCGGACAGUGAAUACAUUGGUAAGGAAGCUGUGUAGUGAUGGGAGAGUAGAGAUAGCAGCAUUGUUUUUUGAAAAGCUGUUGGAUAAGCAGCAAAAUGUUGAUCGUGUCAGUGUAGCAGCAUUUACGACUGCUUGUUAUGAAAAUGACGAGUACGAGCUUGUUUCAGCUUUCUCUGAGAGGCUUUUACUGAAAGAUUCUCCGAAAGAUCAAAAAGUAAUUAAUGAAAUUUGAAAUUUCCUUUGUCGGGACUCUGAUGAAAAUCUAAUUCUCUGCAUCAGAUUAAUGCUUUAGACUAAGGUCUGUUUGUUUGGCUGUUCAAUUUCAAACUACCAGCAUUUUAUUGAACAGCCAAAACUGCGUACGAUAAUCAAAUCUGAAGAGAUUAGGUGCAUUGGUGCAGAAUUUAGCACAUACUUAACAGUUUAUGAUUAAAAUCCAAGGGAAUGAUCCACUUCAUAUCAUUGGCUUAUAGACUAGUGAUGGAAUGACUAAGCCCCCAACAGACAUCAUGUGCAUAAUUUCAGGGCCUGUUCACAAUUACAGCAUAAUAUCACCCCAUGAAACUUUUGAUGUUAAAAACAAUAGUUACAGGUUGAGCUGCUGGGAGUAGUGAUUCGCGGACAACUGAAUGUUUAGAGUCGGACACAUUUGGUAAUGAUUUAUUAUUUAGAUGUUGAUAGUAGGUUUCAUUCUCUGAUGGUCUGUUAUUGUCAUGGCUGCAUAAUGAGCUUAUGCUUUGGCUCCUAAUCCAUGACAAUGGAAUAGUAUUGGAUGGUCUUGCAACACCAUACUCUCAACUCAAAGACCAUGAUACAUCUACACUUGUAAACUUAUACUACAUAUUUUAAAGAGUAAAAUGGAGACAAGAUACAUUAACAUA